AUGCCGCCGCACACGAGGAGUAGAACUGGGUGCCUCACAUGCCGCGACGAGGGCUACAAGUGCGAUGAAGCAAAGCCUCAUUGCGGCCGCUGCGUCCGACUGGGCAAGACGUGCAAGGGGUACGGUCUGAGAGUGAGAUGGAAGUCGGCCGAGGACCCUACAGAUGGCGGAAGGAUCACGAAGAAGAGAAGCUCAAAAUUCAAAGGCAGCGCUGGAUCUCGCAAAGCCACAUCGCCUCUCACCGAUGAGCACGUAGCAACGCCGAGCUCAAUGACGGUAACGUCGACUUCAAACCCAGACGGUCUCAUCUUUCGAAAUCCUUCUUACCUAUCGCCGGAUAUCUCACCAAUGAACCGCUACUUGCUGCACCAUUGGAACGAAUCACUAGCAAAGGUCAUAUCCAUGGCGUCUGGUGUACGGAACCCAUUUCUCGUGCACCUCACGCCCAUGAUGCCCCGCUCCACGGCCCUGCUGUUCGCAAUCUCCUCCAUGGCGGCGGGCCACCUCGCGAUCCUCCGCAAUGACUGCAGUCUCAAGGCGCUAUCGUCACAUCAUAUGCUCGUCGCCUUGACAUCGCUAAGGGAGUCGAUCCAGACCGAGAACCCCGAGCUCUCCCUGGCCACCAUCUUGAUGCUCCAAAUCUCGGACCGGCUCUUCAACACGGACAGCCAGAUCGAUCACCUGGCGGGAGCAAAAGCCGUCAUUAUGCAUGCAGGCGGACCGGCGACCUGGAACACGACCAGCGCGCAGUUCCUCCUCAGCCUCUGCUUCUACCACGACGUCAUGUCCUCCAUCUCCCGCGCCUCGAGCCCCCUCCUAAGCAUGACGAACGUGGCGCCUCUCGAGGGCCUGCAGAGCCUGGCCAAGCUGACGUCCGUCGUCUCCCUGGUCAGCACCAUUAGCAAGAUGCAAGGACAAGGGGGCGAUGCGCACCAAAAGAGGGGGUUUUCUAUCAAACGCAGCCUAGAGCAAGUGAGCUUCUCCAACGAAGGGGAUUCAGACAUCGAGCACACGAUCCAAGCCUACAAACACGCGGCCAUUGUCUACCUGUAUCGAGUUUGGGACGAUGGAGGGUCGUCGAUGAAACCAUAUUACGCAGAGCAGUGCAUCUACCACCUCUUGAAGGUGCCCAUCACGUCCUCCUUCGUCUCUGCUCAUGCGUGGCCCUUGUGGACCGGUGGCUGCGAAUCCGUCGAGACACAUUUGCGUCAAAUGGUCCUCGUGCGGAUCAGGGCAAUGUAUCAAAACCGUCGACUGCCCUCUCUCCAGAGGGUGCAGGAAGAUAUGGAACAAGUGUGGCAGGUCAAAGAUGCACAGAGGCUGCAGUUUGGGACGGAAAAUGUUGAUUGCUGCAAGAUGAUUCUGCAUACGCGUCAUCGAGAAGCAGACUUGGUCUAG